AUGCUUUCCUCAAUGUUGUCAGACACCUUCAUUGAGGACAAAAAUGGCAUCAAGGUCAGCUACCACACAAAUGAGCUAUAUGCUUCUGGAGAGGACCUAGAUUCACAGAUGCUGACUGGAGUCCUAGGGGAGUCUGCUAUUCUCCCACUGACAAUCCCAAAAGAAAAGCAGAUCACAUACAUUCUCUGGACUUCCAAAAGGUCUCUUGCCAUCAUAGAGAUGGGAAAAGAAGGAAAUGCAAACAAAACAACAAUAAUUGAUCCUCAUUAUAAGGAGCGAGUGAACUUCCUCAAACAAAGCUAUAAUUAUGCUAUGCAGAUCAAUCACCUGAAGAUGGAGGAUGCUGGCUCCUACCAAGCAGAGAUAACAAUAGCAAACAUUACUGAACCCAUGAAAAAGAUGUUUACCCUCCAUAUCCAUGAGCGAUUGACGGAGCCAAAAAUUAUACCAAGUCUGAAGUUCAAUGAUAAUGGUACAUGUCUCAUCAAUUUGACAUGUUCUGUGGAACAAAUAAGAGAGAAUGCAUCGUACAGCUGGAUGUCCAACAGACAGGGGGCUAAUAUAUCCACAAGAGGGCCCAUCCUCACCCUCAAUUGGAAACCUGGUGACCAUGACCUGAACUACACCUGUACUGCCAGAAACCCUGUCAGCAACAGCUCCUGUACCAUUCUUGCCAAGGAGCUCUGUGCAGGUAUUGAACAUGGCACACACUGCUUCAGAGUCCUGUACAUCGUGGUACCCACCAUCCUAGUUUUUCUCUUUAUAUCGGGACUGUCUUUCUGGCACAUUCAGAAAAAGAAAGAAAAAGAGGCUGAUAUAAGAGACAAUGAAUGUUCUAUGUAUGACUCGAUUUCUAUUCUAAACCCGGAUGAAACAGAAACUGCAGAAUAUGUCACAGUUAACAGUUUUAAAAAAAAUAUCCAAGAGAGUUUAGAAGCACCAAACACACUUUAUGCCACUGUGCAGAAUACUACAAAGAUGGAUAAAUCUGAGAUACUUGAAAGAACCCAGAAUCUCUAGGAUAAUUAGACUUUGGUAUUAUUAUCUAAACAACAAAAUGGUUCUUCUAAAUCUCUCCCUGGUGGUGUUAGGCAUCCUCAUCAGUUGCUAAUGCAGAAUUUGAGGCUUAUUAGGAGAGCAUAACCACUUAUGAGAAAAUAUGUUUAAAAGAAGAAAGUUUGUGGCAAAUUAGUAAGCAAUCAAGUAGCGCUUUAGUCAUUAUAAAAGCCUUCCCCUUCUGUAUUCACUCUCGAUAUUCCUAUUAUCUGAAUCCUGACAUUGAUACUUGUAGAGAAUGAAUCGGUAUCCAUGCAUUAAAAUUUCUUCUGUACCUUGUUAAUCCAUGUUACUUUCCCUAGACAAGAUUUAUGACUUGAUAACUUAUUAUUUCUAUAUUGCAAAACACCUAGGAUGUUUCUCUGCCUUUGGAAAACAGAUUAAAGAUCUUCACUGGAAUAAAAAUAAUACAUUAAUAGCACCUACCUCCAAAAGUUGAUAUGAGGAUCAAAUGUGAUCAUAUUUGUAACAUCCUGUACAUAGUAGAUAAUUAAUAAAUUCUUGUUCCCUUCCUCUUUCUCUAUUUCUUUGUAUCUUAGUUAGGUCAAUUGA